AAGCCCACAAAGGAGCGUGAAGAGCCACCGAGGGAAGCAGAGAGGAGGGGGAGCGAGCGAGGCGCAAUAAACGUGAGAGCGGAUCAGAGCGAGCGAUAGCCCCGAAGGAAUCCCCAAUCGGGAGAGGCCCGUUCGUUCCCAAUCCUCCGCGGCAAUGUUCAAGGCGCAGCUGAACCAGCUGUGCCAGCAGCGGCGGUGGCCGGCGCCGGACUACGCCCACCGGAGCGAGGGCCCGGCCCACCUGCUGAGGUUCCGCGCCACCGUAGCCGUCAACGGCGAAGUGUACCACUCGCCGGACGACGGCGGCGGGUCCGGCACGGCCAAGGAGGCCCAUAACCUCGCCGCCAAGGCCGCCUUCGAGCGACUCUCCGCCCUCCCGCCUCCUCCCCCGCCGCAGUCCGAAACGCAACUUCCCUACAAGUCCCAGUUGCAAGUUUAUGCUCAGAAGAGACACAAAGAUUUGCCUUCGUAUGACACCAUUCGGAAUGGUCCACCGCAUGCACCUCUGUUCAGGUCUACAGUGACCAUAGAUGGGCGCACAUUUGAAAGUCCUCAAGACUAUCACACAACAAAGGAGGCAGAAUUUGCUGCUGCAAGAGUGGCUUUAAUGUCAUUAUCUCAAGAAGCAAACCCAUCAGAGCAAAUGCUGGUUGGAUCAGCUUCAUGUAUUUCUUUGCCAGGAAUCCAGAUUAAUCAUAAGCUUCAAUUGCAAAUUUAUGCUCAGAAGAGAGGAAAACAGCUGCCUAAGUAUCGCCGUACCCAGGAAGGUCCAUCUCAUGCACCUCUGUUCAAGUCAACAGUGACCAUAGAUGGGCAAACAUUUGAAAGCCCACAGUAUUGUCAGACAAUUAAGGAGUCCGAAAAUGCUGCUGCAAAUCUUGCUCUGAUGUCCUUAACUCAAGAAGUUCAAGGAAUGCAAUAUAUAAAUCCCCGGCAUGAAUUAGCUGAGAAAGAAGGCUGUUCCUUGCCUGUUUAUAAUACUUCAUCAGAUGAUUCAAAAAAUUCCUCCAUCUCCAAAUCAACCGUGCACACUCAAGGCGGAAGUUUUCAGGAGGGACCUGGUAACACCAAGAAGCAAAAACAGAUGACUGUUGCUGAGCUUGCUUUUCAACCUUCCAAAGACAGGUCACAGAUGCAGCAAGGAACUGAAACCCUCGCUGAGCAAGAGGUCAAGAUUGUAGAAUCUGAUUCUUCAUUGCCCCGGGUGUCAAUGGUAGCAAGUGAUGGGCAGAAUGACUCUAAUGCUACUGCGCAUGAUUCUUGCUCUGUUAACUCCAGUAUUGAUCUUCCUGUUGCUGACAAAACACGAUCUCUUGAUGAACCUACCCAAUCUGGUAGUAUGGAAAAUAAUAAACCAGCUGCCCCAGAGCCAAGCAUCAAGGCUGAAGUAAUGGACUUGACACAAGAAUGCACGCCACCCCCGUCAGUUUCAGCACCACCAACUGAUACUCUCAACCUUGUGGCAACAACAGAGUCAAGCACCGAGGCAGAAGUAAUGGACGUUGCAGAACCAAGUGCUGAGGCUGAAGUAGACAUUCCAGAGCCAAGGAUCAAGGCUGAAGUAAUGGACGUUGCAGAACCAAGCGCUGAGGCUAAAGUGGACGUUCCAGAGCCAAGCAUCAAGGCUGAAGUAAAGAGCUCAACACCAGAACACACAUCUCUCCCUUUGGGCUCGACGCCGCCAACCAAUAUUUCCAACCUUGCGGCGAAAGCAACUGCAGUGCCUGAUUCUGCCCGAUGCGGUUACUCGAUGUCAACUAACCGAAUCCAGGUCUACCCAUGCCGUCCUAACCUGGAAUUACCAGAGGGGGCGACCGUGCUUCCCUUUAGCGACGACAAGUGGGUGGCCGUGAGCCUACCUUUUCCUUGAACCCUGAAGGUGGUAGCACCACAGCUUUAGGUCCAUAAGAGAUGGUGCUUGCCAAUGCACAUGUUAUGUCGUUGUAGGUUGUAGUUUCACCCCGAGUUUAGUUGGACGCGCCUCCCUCAUGUCCUGCAGUAAGCUAGCGUAUCGUAUUCUUAAUUAUUCUCUUGGGACAUGGUUAGACUGAUGUAAGUUAUGCUAUCUAGCCGAUGGUACUGAGCUCGACCAUCUUGCUGAACCUGAAUUUCCGUUGUUACCAAGUUGUCACUUUUAAUUUAGAAGACUGUGAACUUUAUUGGGACCA